AUGCUCUGUGAUGGUAUCGCUGUAUUGUUGCUGUUGCUUUGUACUGAUUGGAAGCACUUGAGUUUGAGUAAUCGCACUACUGGAAACCAAACAAGAGAGGGCCUGCUGUGGGUUGCGGCAUGCGUGUCUCUCUGUUCUGUGUUUUCAACCGGCUCUGCCGUCCGCUUGUAUGUGCGGUGUUUAUUUCCUUUGUUUUUUCUCCACUCUCUAUUGUGUGCUUCCUUUCCUGUGUGUCUCGUUUUUCACUUAGGCCCCAGACUUUCCCUGUCUUCUCUGCACCUCGCUGCGCCCGUUGGCGGGUGGACAAUGUACCAGUCCGGAGGCCGAAGCAACCAUCGCGUGACAGUUGCUUUGAGCCUUUCUCAGGGAAGCAACCAAACGCAAGAAAAGAGUGAGGCUGGCGGUGUGCACGUGCUCCACCGUGACGGGGAGAGGGGCAUUCCGGGGGGUUUAGGGAUGCCACUGCAAGAUGCGUGGGCGAGUGUAUGUUGUAGUGAUAUACCCCAACAAAGGGGGAAUCAAAAGUGCAAACCUCCGACGGUGUUAGGUGUGCGUACUUCAUUCGUCACCGCGGGGGACGGCGAAGGAUGUACACUUUCUUACACCGCGUAUGUUGAGGCUUUAGCAAAUUGUGUAGCAAGCACCCUGCUGGACUGUAACGGAGUUGAACUGCUCACCCUCGCUCACGGUCCGUCAGGAAGUGGGAAGACAACGCAGCUCUUCGGCUCUUCCCUUUCCUCAAGACCAAAUGUUUCGACUAGUGCUGUUGGGCUAUUCCCUUUAGUGCUGCAGCAAUUGUUUGCUGUUCCACAUGACCCUGCAGAGUAUCACUCACCAGUUGCAGCUGUCAGCGUUGUGGAGUGGCGUUUGGUGGCCCCAACGUCCGGUACCGCGACUGCUGAGCCGUUGGGACGUCCCAACCACGGGAAUAUGAAGCGGGGACCAGUACCUAAUUCCACUGGUUGCUGUGGUUCGUCACGGGGUGACGAUGUGCUGCCGCAGUCGGAGGCCGUAGAUUUGCUAGCCCGUGCUCCUGAUGCUUCUUCACCCACCAGGUGCUUCAUGGAGGACUACGCUGACAUCCCCGCGGCGCGCUACGUGCUGUGCAGCAGUGUGCACGAGGUUCAAGUGACCUUACAUGAGGCAUUUAGCUCUUCGCUUGCGUGGAGGCCCGUGGACAGAAGCCCAGAACAGCCAUCAGAGACAACGCUCAGGUCUCAGGGCUGCGUCAUCGGGGAUUUCGACUUAGGGUCUCCCGACGCAGUGCUGAGCCCAGUGGUUGGCUCAAAUUCGCACGUACUCGUGACGCUUCUUAUCCGUAGUCGCGGCGCUAGCGGAUGUGAUGCCGUUAGCAUAUGGAGGUUAUGGGAUCUCUGCGGGCCCCCGCCGUUCUCGUACGACCGCAAUAGCACUCACUUUUGUCUGGCGCGCUCUGUUCACAUGUCGCUUCUCCGGACGGCACAGCUUAUGAUAUGGAGUGGUGGUUUACAUACUGGUUUAAUGUCAAUCAUUGCGGAAAGCAUGGCGGAUGAAGCAGAGACGGUACGGACGCUGCCGCGGCACAUAUCUGAUGUCGUGCCACUCACAUCUACCGCACAGCAGAGCCUAUUUCAAUGUAGAGGUCAAAAUAACCAAAACCUGUUAUUUUCUGGGUUAGACAGUGUAUCGGCGAUGAUCGAAGCAUGUGUGCAGCACUCUUGCUCUUCUGUUCUGUGGAUGGGCGCGCUGAGGCGUGGCACAUCCUUCGACGUCAUCAAUAAGGAAGUUUUGAGGGCUGCGGCUGCAGUUUCAGAAUGUGGUGAUGCCGAGAACGCCGAUCUUGUCGAGGAGUUGCGUCGCCAGCGACGACAAGAGAACCUACGUGCUGCCGAGCGGGUAAUUAACAUAUUCGCUGUUCCUUUCAAGCAACGUGGCGUUCUGCAGUUUAGUGUUGUUCGCGGGCUUAGCAACUACAACGUUGACUGUUGCAGCCCGAAGGUAACGACUCCUAACGAUAUUUCACGAUGCGGUGACCCUGCCUCGUCUAGGCUUAGGUCUCGUCUAAUAUCCCCUGUCUUGGCAUCUGAGGCCCCUGCGGGUUCAUCAUGUGCUGAUCGUAUCGCAACCGCACCUAGGCAACAUUUGCCUUCUUUGCCUCGCGCUAACUGUGGCGCCUUCCUUCAGGCUAACGUUGUCGACGUGCAAUCUACUCCCAAUUCUCGGUCGCAGCGGCCGCAAGGACAGGCAGAAGACCUCGCGCAUCCGGUUGGCUCACCACAUGGGUUGAAAGGGCACUCUCCAGUUACAGUGUCUCAUCCUGACGCUGUGUGCGCGUCAACGCCAUCGAGCAAGGGAACAGAACAUCCGAACCCCAUGCUGGUGUCCUCUACGUAUGCAACGGACUGCCCAGACAUUUCACGCGUGCCUGUGAGUGGGGAUCCAUCAUUUGUUUCCCAGCACGAGUUGGAGGGUGUUGCGCACGUUCUCCAGCGUUUAUUGGAACAUCCCCUAGCACAACUGCAGGAAGUUUCACAGCACUACAGGGAGCAACUGCGUCAACAGCGGCGUGCGAUAUCCAAUCUCAGUGCGCUGUUUCACUCCGGCGGUUUAAUGCUUAGCGAAGUGAGGCAACAUGAGCAUCAACAAGAGAAACUGCUCGCUGCUGCAGAAAGGAAUAGUUUUCUUGAACAGCGGUUACAGAGACUGGAGCGCGAGAACAACGAGCUCCGUACACAGUUGAAUUUGCUGCGGGGACAAAACGACACUACGGCUACUCCGCCUGCUGGAAGUGCCCCUGCUAGUGGUAGUGCCCUUGCUGGCACCCCGCGACACAUUGUUAGGGCAUCUGGGACAAACGCAGACCCUGUAGUUGCCACGCGGAGUGUUGAGAAACAGUCUGUCGGUGUGCAAACAUUAGAGCACAGAGGAGAAAUUACAUUGAGUGACUUGGCGGCGGAGACCAAAGAACCACAACAUCGGGCUGCGGGACGUGGGGAUCCCACGGCGGGGUCGCUCCUUGCCGGUACGUGCACUUCUGCAGGGGAUACAGUCACCGUCAACCCCAAGUGUUAUAACGAAAUUAUUACCACUAAUGGAGCUGGAAUGGUCCGCUGGGCGUCGCAGGAGGGACAUUCUACUGCUGCAAGUGAUGACUCCUCCGCCUCUGCGCACCUACUCGACGUUCUCGCGCGAGCCACAAAGGUUGCCCCCAGUUCUGCAGACGUGGUGAGGGAGAAAAAAGUGACCCCAACACAACUAAGAGAAUCAUGCGCUAGUUCGAAGUGGCCGGAGGGGGUCAACAUUGGAACGCGGACACACCUGUGCCGAUGGGGGGAGUUGAGCAUCACAAGCAACGAAAGUGGUGACAUUUGCGCUGACUUGCGCGCCUUCCGCGAAGCGGUUACGGCGGCGAGGGACGGCGCGCUAAGGGCUCUUUAUGUGGCUAAGGAAGCUGUGCGGGACUCAUGUGUACAGUCCUUGUCAAGUUGUGCGGUUUCGGUAUGCAAUGGGGACACCUGUCAGAGUGUUAACAGGGAUAGUGAAAUUCUGUGCAACAGCAGCAUUGAGGGGCGCGCACUACGGAACGUGUGGGAGGAGCUGGGUCAGCAGGAAACAAAGGUAAGCAAAGCGCUGGAUGCGCUACAGCGCGAGGCGCUGGCGUUGGAACAGAAUACUUUGGGGGCGUUAUCCCGCGAAAAGCAGCUGCUUAGCAGAGCCAUAUUUGCAGAGUGA